AUGUUAGAACUCGAAAGAAACAACAAAAUGGUCGAGUUGGCGUUGAUGGGAACGAGGUUCUCGACGAAAAUAGCAGAGUUAAACCAAACGAUUAAUUUUCUGACAGUAGGCAAUUGGACAUAUUUUGGAAAGACCAAGCAUUUGUACAAGGUAUUCGAUGAACGGCUCGAAUUCGACGAAGCCCAAGUAUUUUGUGUGGCUCAAAACGGCCAUUUGGCAUCGAUUCACAGCCAAGAAGAGAAUGAUUUCGUUCUGGGACUCGUCAAGGCCAACAACGUUUUUGGUGAGGAGAGCACCUUGUGGAUUGGACUGAAGCGAAGAAACGGUAAAGUGGGAAAUCCUUUGGAAUGGACCGAUGGAAGUGCUGUGGAUUUCACGAAUUGGUCAUCCAACGAGACGAAUCCGGACACGCACGGCUAUAUUUAUGAUGGCAGCAGCGGGAAAUGGUCUCUCUAUGCGUCUGUCCGGCGGCUAUUUGUCUGCAAAAGAAAGAAAGAAAACUUCGACCGAAACGCUGAAUUGAAAUCCAUGCUCUCCGCCGUCAAAGCAAAUAAAACGACACAAUUGGAGACUGAUUUAAAUCAAAGGAUUACUUUUCUUGCUUGGACAUAUUUCCCGAUGACGAAUUCUUUCUACAAGGCAAUCGAUCGAAAUUUCGAACAUGAUAAGGCUGAGGCGUUUUGUGUGGAACGGAAUGGCCAUUUGGCGUCAAUUCACAGUCAGGAGGAGAACGAUUUCGUUUGGGGACUCGCAAAAGAUCUCGACUCACGCAAUGGAUUCUGGAUCGGACUACAGAGAAAUCCGAGAAAAAAAUUUGCUAUCGAAUGGACAGACGGAAGUGCUGUGGAUUUUGCGAAUUGGCAUAACGAAGAGCCGGACCGGCAAUGGCAAGGCCAAAUCUCUGGCACUAGCGGAACGUGGAGAUUCACUUCAACGGAUUUUUAUCCCUUUAUCUGCAAAACAAGCUCUCCAUUC